ACGACACCGUCGCGUUUGCCUGUGUAAAUUAUAAAAAAAACGUUCCAAAUUUAAAUUGUUAUUAAUGUUCGUGGUAAUAUGUGGUAAACAAUAAUAAAAUAAUAAAAUUUAAUUUGUAAUUUCGCAUUGUGUGAAACGUAAUUAAUUUAAGAUGGAAGUUGAAAAAGAUAAAGAAGUGAGUGUAGACGAUAUAUUACAAAUAUUAGGUCCGUUUGGUAAAUUUAAUAUGUUGAAUCAUAUUAUGAUCUUGUUUCCUGUAUUAUUGGCGGGAAUGUACUCAUCAGUCUAUAAUUUUGAAGCAAUGGAUCUCAAAUACAGGUGUUCAGUGCCAGAGUGUGAGGAGCCAUCGGCGGUGAACUUCUCAAUCCCUCACGGGUUGGACGGCUCUCCGUCCAGGUGCCGCCGCUUCGCGCCAUUUUACAACAACACCCUGAACGACACGUGCUCACCCAACUAUUAUGAUACGUCUACGGAAGUACCCUGCGACUCCUAUAUUUAUUUCGAAGAACAUUCUAUCGUCAAGGAGUUCGACCUAGGAUGUCAGGACUGGAAGCGGUCGCUGGUGGGCACGGUGCACAAUGCCGGCUUCUUCAUAUCCAUUCCGCUGAGCGGGCUGCUCUCGGACCGGUGCGGGCGCCGCCUGGCCGUCGUGUUCGCGAGCGUGGCGUGUGGCGUGUUCGGAGUGCUCCGAGCCUUCUCGCUCAACUACCCGAUGUUCAUCGUGCUGGAGUUCCUGGAGCCGGCGCUCGGUGGUGGUGUCUAUACAGCGUGUUUUGUUCUUGCUAUGGAACUAGUUGGCCCUAAAGGAAGGGUAUUCAUAAGUCUCUUGUUCAAUACCAUGUUUAUACUCGGCGGAGUGUCAGUGACUACUCUAUCCUGGUGGCUACAGAGCUGGCGAUAUCUUCUCCUCGUCAUAUACAUACCAGCUCUCCCAGUUUUCUUCUAUCUAUGGUCUUUGACAGAGAGCUUCAGAUGGUUGUUCAGCAAAGGCCAAUUUGAGGAGGGCAUCAACGUGCUCAAAAAAUGUGAGAAAUUUAACAAAGUUACUGUCCCUAAAGACCAUUACGACCAAGUUGAGAAACAGGCAAUGAAAAAAAGAGAUGCUAUGAAUUAUGAAAUCUCAGUAACGAACCAGUCAGCUUUGAAACAAAUAUUCUCAUCGGCGCUAAUUUGGAAACGAUUAUUUAUAUGUUCAUUUCUGUGGUCUUCAUCGACUUUGGUAUACUAUGGCCUGUCUAUCAACGCAAUAGAAUUGUCAGGAAAUAGGUAUUUGAAUUAUAUUGUGGUGCUUCUGAUUGAGGCCCCGGCGAAUGUUUGCAAGUAUAUCUGUCUGGAUCGAUUUGGCAGGAAGAAGGUCAUUGCUUCUGCGUUCGUUUUGACUGGGAUCGUGUUGAUCACGUAUGGAUUCGUGCCGAGUGGUAAUUGGUCGGAAGCAUUCUACUUGAGUGGUAAAUUCUUUAUUACCCUCGCAUAUAAUUCCCUCUACAUUUUCGCGGCUGAAGUUUUUCCAACUAACUACAGGACAACUUUAUUAGCAAUGUGCUCUACAAUUGGUAGGAUUGGGUCUGUGCUAGCUCCGCAGACGCCGCUUUUGACAAAAUACUUCGAAUAUUUACCAACACUCGUAUUUGGUAUCAUGGCAGCUCUGUCCGGUCUGUGCGUCCUAACUUUACCAGAAACUAACAACCUCGAGCUACCAGACUCGCUGAAGGAUGCGGAGGCACAAGACAAAGGAUACGUUCCUAAUAUUAAUAAAGUUACCGACAGUAAAACUACAUUGUAAUAAUAAUGUGAUAUUUGUAUCUUAGUUGUGAAUUUAUUGAAUGCAAUCAGUUAGACACCAAAUAGAGCAAACAUCAUUUUACACAGACUCUAGUGCCCAUUGUCAAUUUAUGUGCUAACAGUGGCACUUGCGUAGGAAAGCGUCAAAAUCCUUACAAACUAGUUAUAGACAUACAGAGUAACGUGUCUGAUAUGUGCAACAAUUACGGUGUACAUAGCUUUGCCAAAACACUUAAAAAAUGCUAUUACUAAAUGUUUUUAAAUUUUACAGUAACUAAUAACAAUAAUAUAAACUAAAUUCUUAAAUGCUCCCAAAUCGUUUGUUUUAUACUAUAUAAAGAGUCAUGAAACACGUCCAACUCAAUGCGACCAUUUAUUAAAUUGUACUCCUCAAGAAUGCGCUAGACCGGGGACUGUAAGCCGAGAUUUAAUCUACACGGUGGGGUAUGGAAAAUUUUAGAUACCUUAGCUCUUGGAUACUUGUAAGGGACCUUAAUCGCAAUACGACUGACUCACAAUCAUUAUUCAUAAAUUUUGGUUACAAAUUUAAUUUGUAUAAUAUUAUUAUGUAUCCAAAUAUAAUGUAUAUAUGUAAUCCAAAGACUGUCGGAAUAUUUUGCGAGUGUAUAUUUAUAAUAUUAUCUUAAGUAAAUAGUAUCUACAUGUACAAAAUAUAUACAUAGUAAGAUGCAGUUCAUGUAGAUAUAUUGACAUACGUUUAUAGUUUUAAUCCGUUUUUCGAAAUUCGAGUUUUCAUCAGAUCUCGACGUUUUAAGGUCGUAGGAAAGUUUCCUGACUACUCCCGCGAUGUUCCGUACGUCUGUAUGUAUAUGUACGUGUGUGUGCAUGCAUGUAUGUAAACCUCUUAUGACUUUUGAACGGUUCGACCGAUUUCAUCGCGCCCUUCGACAAGACUUGACCAAACUUAGAUUUUGAAUACAAUUUGGGCCGAUUCGGACUGGUAGAUUUUAAGAAAUCUCAAAAAAGUAUGAAACAUUUUUUAUUAUGUUUGUUUUUUGGAAUAACUUUUAAACGGCUUUACCGAUCGAUUGAAAACUGUGUGAAAAUCGGUUUAUUCAUCCAAAAGUAAUUGCGAUUUAAAAAAAUUAAAAUAUUUGUUUUAAUUUAUAAAUAAUUUUUAAAGGUGGAUGUGGCUUCACACUAAUAUUAAAUAAAUUUGAUUUAGGUACUUACUACUUACAUUAGUUUUUAAGUAAAACUUUACUAACAGAGAUAUGGAUCUGAUCCGAUCAAUAUAAUAAAUGUUUUUAUUUUAUUUUAAUUAAAUUAUUGUUCGAUCGGAGAUCUCUUGCCGGAGCAAUAUAUCUAUAUAAACUCUUAAACGGUCAAACACAAUGUAGUAAUCUCUUACAGAAUAUUAACCUUGCUGUCCCAUAUUCAUUCCCAUGGUUUAAAAUCAAGAGAAUUUUUCAAGUUCUCUCUGUAAAAACCAACCUGGGAGUUCAGGCACCUCUCGCUCGCGAGUACAAUAAGUUGAACGAUACCAAUUCAGAACUUGAUAUAUUCGGUAAUGGGCUGGUCACAUUCGAAGAAAGUGUUGUUUAACACUUAGCUGGUUCUCAAUCAGCAUUAGUCAAAUAAGUAGAUUAUCUUUUUUUUCGUUUCCAUUAUUUCGAUUAAUAAGUUAAAUUUAUAAUUGAUACUUUCAUUUCUUAUUUUGUUUUUAUUGUUUAAAUAGUAUUAGAUCUACUUUUCAGAAGUAAUUGGGGAGAUUUUUUUGUAAUUUUUAUAUUCACCAUAAUAAUUGUCCUUUACAUUAAAACUACUAAUUGUAAAAUAAGAUUAAGAAAAUUGUAUUGUAUGAUAUGAUGUGGUGUACUUUAAUCAAUUUAUUUAUAAAUAUUGUAUACAAUAUUAAUUUUGUUAAUUAUCUACAAGAUUUCUUAACCAAUGAGUUUUAAUAUAAUAAAAAUAUUUUUUUUUAGUA